AUUUCUCCACCUCUCGCUCAGAGACCUGCUCGCAAGAAUCAGCAGAGCGCCAUGGCCUCCAUCCCGUGCACCAUCCAGCUGGCGACCAGGACGGCGUCUUCGUCGACGAGGUGGAAGUCGCCGCGGGCGACGCAGGGAGGGGGAGGAGCAGCGCCGAGGACGCCGCUGCCGGCGCCGAGGAUGCAAGGGUGGUCGCUGCCGAGCAAGGUGGCGCCGGCGAGGGGGAGCUGGAGGGUGGGGUUCUUCAAGUUCGGGAACAAGGACGCGGAGGGCGCCGGCAUCUACGGCAGCCAGGGCAGGGACGACUUCGACCGCGACGACGUCGAGCAGUACUUCAACUACAUGGGGAUGCUGGCGGUGGAAGGCACCUACGACAAGAUGGAGGCGCUGCUGAACGAGAACAUCCACCCGGUGGACAUCCUGCUGCUGCUGGCAGCCUCCGAGGGCGACUUGCCCAAGAUCGAGGAGGUGCUCAAGGCCGGCGCCAAGUACGACGUCAAGGACGCCGACGGGAGGACGGCGCUGGACCGGGCCAACCCCGAGGUCAGGGAGUUCAUCACCGGCUUCGCCACGGCCAAGGCCUGAUCGUUCAUGUUUGGGGUGUGGAUUCUCGUGGUUACGGUUUGGUAGAGUGUGUAUAGCCGGGAGGUUCACUAGCUGCUCGAGAAGCCCCUUUGCUAUGCUGAAUGCCUGAAUGGGACAAUAGGAACUUGAGUUGGUUGAUUGUAUUUAUUCAGGAACCGAUAAACAAGCUGAACACGGAGUACUAAAACAGGUUUCGCUGUCA